AAAUAACCCACAAACCGAUUCGCGUUGAAGUCAGCUCCCUUUCUGUGCUGUACGACUCUGCAUUGUGCGCCAGUGAACAUUCCCGCCCGCCCGCCUUUCAGGACGGCUCUAUCUUCAUUUAUAUUUAUACAUAUCACUCGAAACAAUCUUUUGAGGGAUGAACGGGGAGACCUGCGUGUCGUAUUGCGAUAUGGCGAGUAUGGAUUCAUUUUAUAACUCAGCUCCUCAGGAGCAGCAAUCUCCCUUCCGAACAUUUCAGCCGAGUGACAAGUUUGGUCCCAACUUCCUGAACAACAAAGGCCAAAGUUAUGGUGAGAAGCCGAGGACCCCCUUCCAGCAGGAAUGCGAGCCAUUGGACAGCAGUAUUCAAAGCCCCAGCGCCGGCGAUAACGCAGUCUUUAACAAAUAUCUGUACAUGCAGGGAGCAGGCAGGGCUGCCAAAUCUCCGGCCCACAACAAGCUCCAAGAAAGCGGCCACAACGGCGCCUUGAUUCCCUGUUACGCUAAAGACAGCCCACUGGGAGAGUCAGACCUGCCCCAGAGCCCUGACCCAGCAGUGAUGGAGAGUUCCUAUCUCAGUGUCAAGGAGGCAGCAAUGAAAGCAGCCAACACCGAGCUGACGGGCGCUAUGGACAAGGCAGAGAGUGAUAGCAACAAAGGCAAGAAGCGCAGGAACCGAACCACCUUCACCAGCUACCAGCUGGAGGAACUGGAAAAAGUUUUCCAAAAGACUCACUACCCGGACGUGUACGCCAGGGAGCAGCUUGCACUGAGGACGGAUCUGACUGAAGCCCGUGUCCAGGUUUGGUUUCAGAACAGGAGAGCUAAGUGGAGGAAACGAGAACGCUUUGGACAGAUGCAGCAAGUCCGCAGUCAUUUCUCCACUGCCUAUGAAUUACCUAUUUUAACCAGGGAGAACUAUGCACAGAUACAAAACCCAUCUUGGAUUGGUAAUAAUGGUGCCUCCUCUCCUGUACCAGCUUGUGUUGUGCCCUGUGAAACGGUAACAUCUUGCAUGUCCCCACAUGCACAUGCACAUGCUCCAGGUGGGGUGUCUGACUUCCUAGGUGUUUCUGCCCCAGGCAGCCAUGUGGGACAGACACAUAUGGGUGGUCUCUUUGGCACCACUGGGCUCGGAGCUGCUAUCAACGCAUUUGACAUCAGUAAUGAACCAGAUCGAAAAUCGUCCAGCAUUGCAGCUUUAAGGAUGAAAGCCAAAGAGCACAGCGCUGCAAUAUCUUGGGCCACAUGACCGAUACAACAGUAUAUAUUCAAACACUGAAAAUACUACAAUAUUACAUAAUGCUGGACUAAGGACAUAACGCAACAUGGAGAUUUAUAAGCAGCACUUUUUCUAUUAUAGGUUGGUAGGAUUAGAAAUGAGGUUUACUCCAUCUUCAAAAUACUUACAUUAUACCCCUCA